AUGUUUAGAUCCAUUCCACAACUGACAAAGGAAUUCAAAAGCACAAAUUAUGUACUGUCUGUCGUAAAUCUAGCCAUACAAUCAGCUAGAUACGAAGAAGCGUUCUCAAAACCAAACAGUGUAUCACAACCGCCGACAUGUUCCAAUCAGCCAUCACUUCACAAGCACGCCGCAGACGUCUCGAUACAAUCGAAACUGCAACUGCAUUUCAGUUGCAAGGCCUUUGAUACGUCCAUCGCUUGUCUGUCCAAACGAUUCUACCAAACGACCAAUCCACUGAGACCUCCUAUCCUAUUAACUUCCUCCCCUUCAAGUUUUACACGCAAAGCACCGGGAGUAUCACGGAAGAUCAAGGUAAUGUGGUCGCACAUCACCCGCCUUUGA